AUGCGUAUCACAUCUCUCCUGGCCGUGCCCGUCUUCUUCUCCGGAGCCCUCGCUACAAUCUGCGGCUGCUCCAACUCGGGCAUAGCAGGCGUCAACCAAGGCCAGUCGGACGCCUGCAAGCAACGCUAUGCAAACGGCGCUUCGGACGCCUGUGAAAUGUACCAAGGCAAAUGCCUGUACCCCAAGUACGCCGCUCCGCGCGACAAGCACUUCUUGAUAAUAUCAGUCUAA